UGGGAGAAAGAGAGAGACGCCGGACUACGGAGGACAGGAGAGAGACAAAUGCAGGUCGAUGAAGCUUUUCGGAAGCAUCCCGCAAGGACGCCAGCAGGAGAGCGGCAGCGAGAGGUGGAUGUGAGCCAUUUUGGACUGAAUCCAGCGCGCUGCCACAGCUGCCCUAUAUUGGUCUUCCGAUAAAUCCCGUUUCGAGGUCCUUCGCCGCUGAGAGCGGCAGCGCAGAGAGGAGCCGGGCCUGCCGAGCGUCAGGAGGAGGAAACCGCGCGCGGGGAUGAGAACGGCCAGGAAAGGCAACGUCGAGGUUCCGGCCUUUGUCCGGCAGCUGGUGAAGGGGACGGAGAAGAUGGUCUCCUCUUUCUUCAAAGGGUCCAGAGUGGUGGGCGAGGAGGGGGAGGCAGUGGAAGAAGGUGCGAUACCCAGCCCCUACCUGGAGAGGCCCAUCUUGGAGAAGCACACCGAGCAAGGAUGGUCCAAGUGGGGCAUCGCAUACGCGCUGGCCAGCGUACAAGGCUGGCGGGCCAAUAUGGAGGAUGCCCACAACUGCAUUCCGGAGAUGGGCGCAGAGUUGGAUGCCUGGGGCUUCUUUGCGGUGUACGAUGGGCACGCUGGGAACACCGUGGCACACUACUGUGCCAGGAACCUGCUGGACCACAUAAUGGCCACAGGAGCUAUUAAGCGAGUGGAGAACAAGGAGCAAGUGAAGGAAGGGAUUCGGGAAGGCUUCUUCAGCAUUGAUCGACACAUGCAUGCCAUGGCCCGAAGCGAGGGAUGGGACCGUGGCGGCUCCACCGUGGUGGCAGCCAUGAUCUCACCGCACCGUCUCUACAUUGCCAACUGCGGUGACUCCCGGGCUGUGCUCUGCCGCGAUGGCCGCGUCUACGUGCAAACUGAGGACCACAAGCCCUUCAACCCACAUGAGAUGGAGCGCAUCCAGAACGCCGGGGGCACCGUCACCCUGCAGCGCAUCAACGGCUCGCUGGCAGUCUCCCGGGCGCUGGGCGACUUCAGCUACAAGGAGGCUGAAUGGCGGGUGCCAACGGAACAGAUGGUGUCACCAGAUCCGGAUAUCUACGAGGUGGAGCGCUCGCCUGCUGACGAGUUCCUACUUUUGGCUUGCGAUGGUGUGUGGGACAUGAUCGGCAGCGAGGAGCUCUGUUCCUUUGUGCGAAACCGCCUUCAGGUGUGCACAGAUCUGAGCGAAGUUUGCACCCAGGUUGUUGACCUCUGCCUUUACAAGGGCAGCCUCGACAACAUCACCGUCAUCCUCAUCUGCUUCCCUGGGGCUCCCAAAGUGUCACCUGCAGCCCUGCAGCAGGAGGCUGAGCUGGAGGACCUGAUUGAGAGCAAAGUGGCAGACAUCUUUGAGGAUCAGCGAGCCAGAGGCCAAGAGCCCGACCUGCUGUUUGUGCUCAACUGUCUGGCGUCAGCGACCAUUCCAGGGCUGCCACCAGGGGGCGACAUCACCAGCAAGAGAAACUGCAUAAUAUCUGCAUAUUACAAGCAGAAAGAAGCAAACAGACCUCAGACGGUAAGCACUCUACGGAAAGCGGGAGCUCGACUUUUCUGCACUGACACAUGCAGUGCGAUGGAGAGGAGAGGAGAGGAGAGGAGAGGAGAGCAGAGCAGAGGAGAGGGGAAAGGCCUCCUUUCAGCCUCAGGAUCCCAAUGGAAGAGUGACCUGGUCAGAGCCACCAGGCACCUGCCACAGUCUGUGGCACGAAGACCAAACAACCAGCAAAAAGCUACAAACAAAUCAAAACGUAUCAAAAACAUUGCCACUCAUAUUUACUUUAGUCUGCACACCUUAAACAUGUAACAAAUAUCACCUGAAGACAUCAGCUUUAUUUAUUUUAGUUUGCUGUGCCUCGGAAGCCGCGUAUCCAAGAUUCCGGGAGAACGAUUGGGAUGUUUAGUAAUCAUCCUCGGAGGGGGACAUCAUUGUGCACGAUGUAUAAGAUGCGCUGCUUAAUUUUUAUCAUCACAUUUUGCUUAAGCUGGUCACACUGCCAUUGUUUUGCCCUUUCCCCAAACCAACUUUAAUGGAGGAAAUCUGAUAUCAAAUACCAUAUUGCUACAUUUUGAAUAUGUUUGCAAAUAUUUACAUAAAUAUACUGUAUUUAUACAGUGUAGCAGAGAAAAAUUGGAGAGGGAAAUUUGAGGGCCAGGACAGAGGAGGGUGGUGAACCUCUCUGUCUCUCAGUGUAUCCACUGAACAUAUGUACAUGUGUAUGACAUGUGUCUGUACAUAUACUGGUCAUGCAGAUACUCCCAGUCACAUAUAUUUAUUUGUAUCUUUGUUUGUUUAAUGUACCUAAGGGGAACUCACUGAAACCAGAAGCAUAACCUCAUGUUUUGUCAUGUCUUUGAUUUUGAUGCUCAGUAUGUCCUGUACAUUGCUGCCUUACUCUGUUGUUGUGUAGUGUAACCCAAAUGAUGUGCAAAUAUUCAAAAAUGGUGUUCUGUAUAUUAACUCUGGUGUUUUACGAUGCUUUAUGUGUAUUAUAUGCAUAAGAACCAGGCACCGUUCAAAUGAGAGGGAAUAAGACAAAACAGCAGCGUCACAGCAUCAGUAACUUAUCAUUCACCUAUACUCCACACACACUGAAAUCACAUAAAGUCCAUGUGUUUAUUUAUAGCUGGACAACCACAAUAGCCUAAAGAGAAACCUAAACAAGCCUGAGGUCCACUUCUCAAGAUCCAUGUGGUGCUGAAGGCAACCACAUUUUCACAGGAAUGACCCAAAAAGACAAACCAGCAACAUAUUUCAUUCGAAGUUUUAACACCUUUCCACCCUCAUAUUUACUUCCAUGUCCUUUACAAGCUCACCAUGUGCCGGCACUGAAUUUACCCAACACCAGUCUGUUUAUCCUCCUUAUUCACUGAGCUGACACUUUUCUCCAAAGCCAAUUACUACUAUUUACCCCUUUAUACAGCUGGA